AUGGCUAAGCGGCGAAACACACACAACAAGAAGCAGAAAGACAAGGUCUGGAAACGAGGCACGUCUUUGCAAAAAAAGACGGUGGAAUUGGGUGAAAUAGCAAACGUUCUCAUAGCCCUCAUCUACUGGAACCCGACCCACAACCACUUCGAAAAGGCGGUGCACGUUCCCAAAGGGCAGUCAUUGCCGGACGCUACUGAGCUUACUAUGGAGUAG